UCAAAUAAGUAAGACCGUAAAACUUUGAAUACCUUUUAUUGUUAAAAAAUAAGCCAAAUGAACGUAUUCUUCCUUUUAAUGUUACUAAGACUUAACCAUGAAACUUUAGCAAAAAAAAAUAAAAUCACAACAAGUCCCAAAUGUGAUGGACCAGGAUUUUAUCCAACUGAAUCUUGUAGUAAUUAUUACUACGAAUGCAAGAAACAUGGGUUUUUCUUUUGGACUUUUAAAUGGACAGCAACAUUAAAAACUUGUCCAGAUGAAAAAGUUUUUAAUUCCAUUGAAAAAAGUUGCGUUUCUAAUUCUUGUAGUGAAGAAAGCGCUCUUUCGACCAAAAUUAAUAAAACUGCUGCUCAAAGUUCUACUCUAAUUUAUACUCAAAAUACAACUUCUAUUAGUAAUACAACUCUGAUGAAUUCAAGCUCAACCAGAAAUUUACAAAUAAUAUUUUUGGUAUUUAACUAUGUAUUAUUUUUGAUUUCUUGAUUAAAUAAACACUUAAGUGGCCCUCGGGUAGCACA